ACUUUAACCAUUUUCUCUUUGUUACGACGGUGUGAUAAUGGACGCUACAUUUAUCAAAUGAAAAUUUGCCGCGAUCCAAUUGGACGCUACACUGUAGUAAACCCUAUCUCCACAUUUCCCAUUCUACCCGUUUCUCCACUGUAGCCGCCAAGAAGCACCAUUUCUGAAGCUGCGAGAGUGCUCCUUUAAUCUACACCGUAUCUCGCAACGCAAGAGAAUGGAUCGUAGUUGGAUGUACGAUAGGUUCAAUCCUCAUAGAAGAGGCUUGAAAUUUGAGUUUAUUAACGGAGUUCAGGAGUUUAUUAAGAAGGCUAAGGAACAACCCUGCUUUUUGUCUGAGAGAAAGAUCAAGUGUCCAUGUGAAUCGUGCAAGUGUCUAAAGUCUUUCACUCCAAGAGAUGUGAAAGGUCAUUUGUACAAGAGUGGUUUUAAACCAAACUAUUCGAUCUGGACUGAGCACGGAGAACUAGAGCAAAAUAUUGGUCUAUUGAAUCAAUCAAAUAGUAGUGAACAUAUAGAGGAGAAGGAGGAGCUAGUGGAGGAGGAGGAUCCCAAAACUCCUAUUAUGGAGGAGUCGGAAGAGGAGGAUCCCGAAACUCCAUAUACAGAGGAGUCAGAAGAAGAGGAGAAUCCCAAAACUCCUCAAGAAAUGGAUUCAAACAAGCAGAAUGCUGAUGGGAAGGUUCUUAUACGACCUUGUGGACGAGGGUGGGCGCCUAGCUCGGCGCCUGCUGCUGCAAUUAAACACAGCCUUGGAAGGGCCCCGAUGACCCUGCUCGGGGGAGAGGCUUCUUGCUUCAGUGGCCUCUGGUCUCUGAUUCUUCCUGCUCUUUCUUUGUGGAGAGCGGGAAUAUGA